CAAAUCCCAUCUUCUGAUAAAGGAUCCUGUAGUGACAUGGAAUAUAGCUGUUGAGAAUUUCCCUUCAUAUUGAUAACCGGCUUUCCCACUAAUAUGUUUCAGGUUUAUGAUAUUUUGUUAGUUUUCCAGUUUAUUUUAAGUUUAGCUUGCAGUUCGAGUGUACUAAAGCCUCGAGGUGUUGCCUUAUCAAAAGCCUCCCUCUACGUUCCGAAUGCAGACUUCACAUGUUUCGAUGGAAGUUACACCAUACCUUUUGUGUAUGUAAACGAUGACUACUGUGAUUGCCAAGAUGGUAGUGAUGAACCAGGCACAUCUGCUUGUCCAAAUGGAACUUUCUAUUGUACAAAUGCUGGACAUACCCCACAAUUAAUACCAUCAUCGCGGGUCAACGAUGGCAUUUGCGAUUGUUGUGAUGGUACAGACGAAUAUGCAACUCAUGCCAACUGUGUUAACAACUGUGAUGCAUUGGGCUAUGCAGCCAGGGAAGAGGCUCGUCAAAAAGAAGAAUUAGUUAGGCAAGGAAGUGAACUUAUGCGGCAAUUAAGUGACCAUGGAAAAAAAAUGAAGAAAGAAAAGCAGGAACGAUUACAUCAACUGGAAAAACAAAAACAAGAGGCAGAAUAUUUGAAGCAAGAGAAAGAAAAACUGAAAGCAGAAGCCGAGAGUUCGGAGAAUGUGGCAUUGGAGAAAUACCGAUUGAUAGAGGAGCAAGAGAAGAAGAAAGUAGCUGAAGAAGAAAAAAAUGCACAAAUGCAAGAAAUUUUCAAGUUUUUCUCCGACAUUGAUCAAAAUCAUGAUGAAAUAAUAACUAUCGAUGAAGUUCAAGCUUAUGGUGUGUUUGAUACAAACAAAGAUGGAGUAAUAUCAGAUGAGGAAGUACAGUAUUUCCUAGGAGCUGCAGAAUCUUAUAGUUGGUCUCAGUUUCAUGAUAUUGGAUGGCCCCGUUUGAAACCUCUGCUGAUUGCUUACCAACAACAAGUGGAAGCUGAGAAUCAGCAACAGACUGGCUCAACGUCUCCCAAAUCAAACGAUUUUGAUGACCAAGAUCGAAGUGAAGAAUCAGAUCAUGAGCCUGACCAUGAACCUGAGGAAGAAGAAGGGGAUGAAGGAGAUUUGGAUGAUAAAGAAGAGGAAGAUCAUGCUUCCGAAGAGCCAAGUCCGGAUCACUCAGCCAAGUAUGAUGAAGAAACUCAACAAUUGAUUGAAAGUGCGAACAGAGCAAGAUCAGAGUAUGACGAAGCUGAAAGAGCUGUCAGGGACAUCGAAAGAGAAAAGAAGCAGAUAGAGGACUCUAUAAACAAAGAUUACGGAUCUAAUGAAGAAUUCGCACCUCUCGAAGGAGAGUGCUUUGAAUACACUGACAGAGAGUACACAUACAAAUUCUGUCCAUUUGAUCAGAUAAGUCAAAGGCCUGUAAGUGGUGGUAUGGAAACCCGACUAGGAAAUUGGGCUGGUUGGAUUGGACCAAACAAAUAUGAUGCAAUGAAGUAUGAUGGAGGUCAAACGUGUUGGAAUGGUCCUCCCAGAUCAGCACAUAUCAAUGUUUUAUGUGGUCUAGAAUCAGCUUUAAUCUCUGCUAGUGAGCCCAAUCGGUGCGAAUAUUUAUUUGAUUUUAUCACACCAGCUGCCUGUCAUCUAGACUUGAUCAAACAAUACGAACAGCAUGAACACGAUGAGUUGUAAAGAUAGAAAAUUCCUAAAUUGUUUGGCAAUAUUUGCUACUUAUGUUGAAAAUAUUUUUAAGUACAAAAGCUCACCGAUAGGUAGUGUCCGAUUCCAUCUCAUUCGUGUUGUCGCAUUGAUAACAUCAAAAAUGUUUAUGCAUCCCAAAACAAGGGUAAUCAUUUUUAUCUCAUUUGUACAUCUCCAUCCAAUCAGUUGUUAUUAUCAGAAGAAGGGAAUGUUUCUGGUGGGUGAAUCAAUGGGUUUGCGUUAAAAAAAAGAAAUGGAUAACAUUUGUCCAAAUUUUAUUGAUCAUAAUCUAACUUGCAGCUUAAAGCAUUACUAAAUCAUCAGUCUGCCUUAGGAUACAAACCAAAACAAUGGCUUAAUGCAGUUUAUUCUUAGUAGCUCCAACAAGAUUAUUUCUCAUUUUUCGGAUUAUAGUCAAUCAGCCAACAUUGAUUAUAAUAGGUAACCACAAGACAGGAUGAAAAUUUAGUACUACGAGACUUGUUCCCCCUAAAACUUCACUCAGAACACAUUUAUUGUAUCCAAAGCUUCUAAAAUCACCUUAUGAACACAAAAUUAUCGCAUGUUCUUAACAUUAGAAUUUAAGGUUGAUUGCAAAAAACCAAAAUCAAUGUAAGUUCAAUCCAAGAUAGAAAGCAAUCUAAUUUGUUCGAUAAAUCAACAGCACCUCUACACCAUUUUGCUUUGCAAAAUUUUACCUCUACUACAAUGCGUGGAACUUGUGAACAAGUCAAAGAAAUUUAGCAUACAGAAAAUUCUGCAGUUAAGAAGUAUACUGAAAAUAGUUAACAUCCGAUUCUAUUUCAGUAGACGUUAGUUUUUAUUGAGAGCAGAAAGGGUGGAUAACACUGACAAAAAUGCCAUUUUAUUACUUUUGAGUUAAAUUUGGAACCGUGCAGUGUGCUUGCUGCAUUCUACAUAAAGUUUUGAUGAGGAAGCAUGUUUUGAAGUGCUCACUUUCUUACCCCGUCUUUAUGUUUCAAGGCAAAAAUUCUAUGGCAACAGGUUGAUUUUUUCAAGCAUCCUCUUUUUCUUGAAAUUUCUCAUAUGACACUAUCACCUAUUUGUAAAUAUGACAUAGGAAACGGGUGACUGUAUGCCGAGGACUCCAAAUCAUUAUUUAUUUUUUGAAUUACAGCAAUCAAGCCUGAAUUGAAUGAAUUAGAUUUAUUUGUAGGAAUUACUUGAAUAGCAAAGAAAACACCGGUUGUGGUUCGUGCGUGUAAGUCUGCUGAAAGGAGAGUGAAACGCAAAUCGAUGGCUAGGAAAAUGCAUACCUCCGAAAAUGUUGUCGCAAUUCUCUGUUCAUAUUUUAUCUCUUGAGCAGGAAAAUAACCAGUGAUUCUUCUUGAAAUUUUUUGUGGAUAGGUUUCAAUUUGGGAAGAAAAUUCACUGAAAAUUCCGAGGUAAACUGUUCAUUAGUUUCCUCUUUCAAUUUUUUUUUUUUUUUUUAAAAAUGAGUAGAGUUUUUGAAACAUUGUAAUGGAGAUUUGGAUUUUUGUACUCUAGCCAUCGAAAUGUUACUUCUCAGUCAAACUCUGUGUAAUAUAUUUAUUUUAUUUUCAUGAAGUUGUUUACAAAUUUGUUUAGAUUUCUCGUAAUGGUCUCUUACUCUCUAUUUUGAAUGAUUUUAAACUAAGUUGCUCAAACUGGAUGUUACGUAAAGGAUAAUAACAAAAGAAAUGGAGCAGAAAUUAUUGUAAAAAAUUUUAUCACAGAGAUUUUCUUUUUAUCAUAUUUUGCUUUUAUUUUUACCAUUAUUGUUUUAGGUAAAAUUUUCCAUUUCCAUCGGUCUCUUGAUUUACCUGAUCAUUAUUAUAGAAUAGUGAGCGACGUUCAAUUUAGAAUUAGUCAAUACUAGUGUCUUACUUGUGAUCAGGUGUAUCGUUUCUCUGUAAUUGUUUUAUCUUCUUUUUUCGGUGAUAUACUGUCUGUAAUCUAUUUUUUCUUUUUCUAUCUAUUUUUCUCCCUUUCCAUCUCUUUUGUCCCCUCGGCUCUCCUCUAUACUUAAAAUAUUCAGAUGCUGAUGUAAUGAAAGACCUUUUUAUUAAACCAAUCAACGGUUAUUAUUCGUUGGAUGUCCUGCAACUACUACACAACUUUUAAUGCAGAUAUUACCUAAAAACCAUCCGUUAGUUUCUAGUUUUUUAAGUCUUUGUGAUAUGUACCUUAUAAAUAAGAUUAUGUCAGAACUGUAAUAUUUUGAACCAAUUUUUGUGCAUUUAUUGUAAUUCACAGUAAAAUUUUUGAAGCUAUUCAGCCA